UCGUACCCGAAUUUGGAGAAAAUUUGAUAUGGAUGUAGACUCAAACGAAAACAGCAGGGAUAUCGAUCUAUGCGAAACGAACACUCAACGAUUGAUUGCCGAAAGUGGUGGCCGAUGUAUGAGCACACAAGCUAUGCAAUCGCUUUAUGAUUUUCGACAGAACAAUCUUCUUUGCGACGCCGUCUUGAGACUCGAGGAUGGAGGCGUAUUUCCGAUUCACCGGGCCAUUUUAUCAGCUUGCAGUCCAUAUUUUAGAACUCUAUUCACAACCACAUUACACUCACGUGAGAAAACGGAUGUACUCUUACCUGGUGUCAGCAGCAACAUGAUGAAUCUGCUUCUCGAAUACGCUUACUUGAGAUCGAUCAAUGUGAACAAUGAGAACGUGUGCCAGUUGUUGGUCACUGCCGAUUAUUUGAAUAUCCUAGGUGUUCUCGAUUUCUGCUGCGAAUAUUUGAAACAAAAUCUGGCGCCUGAAAAUUGUAUCAGUAUCAUGAGAUUCGCCCGGGAACACUUUUGCAAGGGAUUGGAGAAUAGCGCAUACCGCUAUGUCAUGAGACAUUUUGUGCAGGUAGCUCAACGGAGCGAGGAAAUCCUCGAUUUGCCGAUUGAAGAGCUAACGACUUUAAUCGGAGCCGACGAGCUGAACGUGAAAAGCGAAGACACCGUUUGGGAUUUGGUGUUGAAAUGGAUUGAUUAUGAUCCUCAAUCGCGGAAGGAUUAUAUCGUAGAUCUGAUGAAGAAUAUUAGACUUGGCUUGUUGGACACGCAGUUCUUUCUUGAGAAUGUGAAAGAUCAUCCGUACGUUACCGGGAACGAGGCUUGCCGGCCGAUUAUAAUCGAAACCUUGAAAUUCUUGUACGAUUUGGAAAUUAUCACGCAAAAAGACGGAGAGGUACCGACGCCGAAAAUAGCACGUCCGAGGGUACCCCAUGAAAUACUGUUCGCUAUAGGUGGAUGGAGUGGCAGAAGUCCUACAAAUUUCAUAGAGACCUACGACACCAGGGCGGAUCGAUGGGUCAAGGUGGAAGAAGUAGAUCCGAUCGGACCUCGCGCGUAUCACGGAACUGCGGUGGUCGGUUUUAACAUUUACGUGAUCGGUGGCUUCGACGGUGCUGAUUAUUUUAAUAGUUGUCGUUGCUUCAAUGCUGUUACUAAAGUGUGGAGAGAAGUUGCUCCAAUGAACGCCAGAAGGUGUUAUGUUAGCGUUGCCGUACUCAACGAUUUGAUUUAUGCAAUGGGAGGAUACGACGGAUAUUAUCGGCAAAACACUGCGGAACGUUAUAAUUAUAAGACAAACCAAUGGUCUUUGAUAGCACCCAUGAAUUGUCAAAGAUCUGACGCCAGUGCGACUACUUUGAAUGAUAAAAUUUAUAUCACGGGUGGAUUCAAUGGACAUGAAUGUUUAAAUUCAGCAGAGGUAUACGAUCCAGAAACCAAUCAAUGGACUAUUAUAGCUCCAAUGAGAUCACGUAGAAGUGGAGUAUCCUGUAUAGCUUAUCAUAAUCAUGUAUAUGUUAUUGGAGGCUUCAAUGGUAUAUCAAGAAUGUGUAGUGGUGAAAAAUACAACCCUGCAACGGAUGUUUGGACACCGAUCCCGGAUAUGUACAAUUCACGCAGUAAUUUCGCAAUCGAGGUGAUCGAUGACAUGAUUUUCGCCAUUGGUGGAUUCAACGGUGUUACCACAAUAUAUCACGUCGAAUGUUAUGAUGAGAAAACGAACGAAUGGUACGAAGCAACGGAUAUGAACGUGUAUCGUUCCGCGCUUUCAGCGUGCGUAAUCAUGGGUUUGCCAAAUGUAAAUGAUUAUAUUCACAAGCACCGCGAACGUCUCAUGGAGGAGAAGCGGCAGAAACUGUUAGCACUGGAGGUGCACCGCAGUCAACAUCAACCUCAACAAGAUCAAAUGCAACAAAAUAGUGAAAAUUCGCAAUUAAGCAACGAAUUACCUAUACCACCAUCACCUCAGAUGCCUCAGAAUAUGAACACUAAUAAUGAGAAUCGACAAAAUUGAAAAAAAUAUGUAUUUUGAAAAUAUUAUGUCGAGACUAUAGGUUUUAGGGUCAGACGGACGGACGGUAAUUAGGAGCAAUAGAACGAUGAAUGUUCAAAGAUAUUAAUUGCCCUACGGUUAUGUUGAAAGAAAAUAAUGAAAAAAAUUAAUGGCAAGUAUAUUUUCAUGUGUCUUAUAUUUUCGAUUCAUUAACGAUUACUUAAGAUGUAACAAUAACUCAACAAGUAAUAGUAAGAUUAUCUCUAAAUUUAUAAAAUUUAUAAUAUUUUUUGAAAACAGUGAUAAAGAAUAAGUAAGAGUUAAAAGUUAAAAGUAUAAUUCUAAAUUAUUUGUAAAUUUUAUUUUAUAAUAGAUUUAUAAAAU